GACACACACUGACAACUGGGAAGCACACACACACAACAAACAGGUGUCUUCCUCCUCUUUCAGACGCACAGUCACACUUUCGGGGGGCCUCCUGUCCGCACACUGAACGCUCCUCUUUCCUUUAUCUAACUUUUAAAACUCCCCGGAAAUCAUUUUGAAGCACAGCUUUCACACAAUGCACGCGGCACAGAAAGACACCACCUUCACCAAGAUCUUUGUGGGAGGUCUUCCUUAUCACACAACCGACUCAAGUCUGAGAAAAUACUUCGAGGUGUUUGGAGAAAUCGAAGAGGCCGUCGUUAUCACUGACCGGCAGACGGGCAAAUCCAGAGGUUAUGGAUUCGUGACCAUGGCAGACCGGGCCUCUGCCGACCGAGCCUGCAAGGACCCCAACCCCAUAAUAGAUGGAAGGAAAGCCAAUGUGAACCUGGCGUAUCUUGGGGCCAAACCCAGGGUCAUUCAGCCAGGCUUUGCAUUUGGUGUGCCUCAGAUCCAUCCAGCAUUCAUCCAGAGACCUUACGGGAUCCCAGCUCAUUAUGUCUUCCCUCAAGCCUUUGUCCAACCCAGCGUGGUGAUCCCUCAUGUACAACCGUCUUCGGCUACAGCAACAGCUGCUGCUGCCACUUCCCCAUACCUUGACUAUACCGGAGCAGCUUAUGCCCAGUACUCUGCAGCUGCUGCGACUGCUGCUGCUGCAGCUGCUGCCUAUGAGCAGUAUCCGUACGCAGCUUCACCAGCACCGACGAGCUACAUGACUACAGCGGGGUAUGGGUACGCUGUCCAGCAGCCGCUUGCCACCGCUGCCACCCCAGGAGCAGCAGCAGCUGCUGCGGCCUUCAGUCAGUACCAGCCUCAGCAGCUCCAGACAGAUCGCAUGCAGUAAAACCUUUAAGACUACCUUACAGAAAGAAAAGAAGGGGAGGUGAGCUCUUUCCAUGAAGAAGGUGAAGGGAGGAGAUGCAGACAGAUUGAGGCUGAUUUAAAAAGAAAAGAAAAAAAAGGUUGUCACUUCCAGGUUUUAACUAAGCAGAACCUCUACCAAAGAGCGAGAAGACAAUGUUGAGACAAGUGAGGAAUGUAUAUUUUAUUCAAGUGAGAUCAGUAUUGGAUAUAAAUGAAUAUUUAAUAUUUAUUCAGCAGUAAAAAAAAUUGUCAGGUUAACUGGAGUUGACUCACUGGACAUCAAGACAGCUGUCAGCUGAGUUUUGUAUAUAUGUUGCAGGGGUAAGUCCAAAGUGCAUUCAUGUCUUAUGAUCAGAUUUCUUCCACGCUAAUUUAAAAAUCAGCGAUAACACCUGGCGACAGUAUGUUACACCAUCAUGCAGUUCUCAGUAUUGAAAUAGUUUCGGACCAUUUUUUUUCUUUUUGUUUCACAAAGCUAUCCAGGCACUGAUGGAAACGUCAGUGUUUAUUAAGACUUUUUAUAUAUAUAUAUAUAUAUACACAUAUAUAUUGUUUGGAGUGAAGUAGAUUAGAGACCCUUGGGAAAAGAAAUCCCUUUUAAAAAGUAUUUUUUCUGCGGUACAUAAGACAAAAUGCUCUGGUGACAGCUGAAGCUGGUAAAAGCACUCGCGCUUCUUCCCUUUUAAUCACUCAAGCAUGUUCAGCUAAAGGGAAGAGACGCUGUUGAAUGUGAAUCUUUCAUUUUCAUAAAAUGUUUCAUCGUGUGUUUAAAUUAUGCUAUUUAUGUAUUUAUUAUGGAGCCUUACAGCAAUAAACCCUUGGUUUUCAUAUGUUAGUAUAAAAGUCUACUGUGGAACAUGUCCAUGUGUGCUGCUGCAUUUCUCAUGAUCAAGAGCAUAUGAUGGAUGUGAACGCUCGGCUUUGCAAAGCUGUCGUCUGUAUAAAGAACAAAUGAUGAGUGGAAAGGUAGCAGUAACUUUAAAGUGUUUCUUUUUUUCUAUACUGUUCUGAUGUUUUUAUGUUGUCUAAUAGAUUAAUAGCUCUUUAAUGUCACUUUUGAUACUUGACUAAUUUGAUAACUGACAGGCUGUUUUUAAAAUUGAUCACAUUUUAUGUCUUUUGACAGUAAAGGUUUUCUGAUGCAAGAGCAACAGCUAUUGACCUUGUAAUGCAUGACUCAACUAUACAGAUAUUUUAUUUGGGAAAUAAAUCAAAAUUUACCUUCAA